AUGGUUGGGUAUGCUCCUGGGGGAUACAGAUUAUGGGAUGCUAAUGAAAGGAGGAUACACAUAGAACGAAAUGUAUUGUUUAGGGAAGAAACAUGUUCAGAGUCCCCUGAAACUAUUAGUAUUGAUGUAGAAUCUGUCUCGGAUAAGAAAGAAAAAAAUAGUAGUAGUAGUCAUGAGAAAACCAAAACCCCUUUAACUUAUGAUAAUUAUUUAGAGUCAUUAAAACCUGAGGGAAGGGAUACAGAUGAUGUUAAUUCUAGGGAGAAAAGAAAUAAAAAAAUAACCAAAAUAUUUACAAGAUUUUGUCACUAA